AUGCCCUCUGCAAGCGUUCAUAAUUUGGAACAAGAUUUAAAAGCACUUCGUAUCUCCAACUCAAAAGAAGAGUCCAAUUCGGAGCAGUGGGUGCCUGCCAAACGCAAAAAGGGCAUACCUCAGUUCGUACUUUUGAGACCUCUCCCAGCUGCAAAUGGGCAUCGUCAGUUGUUCGGCUUUCCAAUUACCCUCGAAGAUCUUAAGCAUCUGGCCACCAUCGCUUUCAACCAUCUUCGUCCAGGCGAAACACUUGAUACCCCGACGUUCAUGUUCUUUAACUUCCCUACAUUCAUCCAGCAAUCUCUCCGUCUCCCCAUUUGCACAGUGGCACGUGGCCAGGUGGAUGGAUCAUCUGAGAAUAUUCCGUCUGAGUGUAUGGCGACACCCACAACCGUGCAGUUACUUGUAGUGUGGAAGGAUACAGAUAGUGAUGAUUACUGUCCCACACAACGCCAAAAGGACGUCAUCCGGUACGAAGAGGCUCUUGAACAGCACAUCGUCCCGCUGUUGUCCUUGUUCAAUUCGCAAGAUUCUGGGGCACCGCUGUCGCGCGUCAUCACCCAGCUUCAAGACGACACUCUAUCUUGUGUCCCAGACAGAGUAUUAAACUCUCAACCUGAUCGUGUUGUAUCUGCCAGCAAUCUCAUUCAUCUGGUCGCUGAUCUUCAAACACAAGGGGACCCGCACGGUAUCUUCUUCUCAUUCGAUCGAAGCGAUUGCGAAUAUAUGGCCCAAUUUUUGAACAACGUGCUCGAGACCCGGGAAGAUGAAUGGCGCGAAAAUAGUCCGCAGUGGAAGCGCAAAAUGACACAAUAUGAUGCAUACCUCCAAGGCACAAAAGAACCUGGUGAUCCCCAGUCAGACUUCUCGUCAAAGUACUUCGUACCCUGCGUCAGACCUCGACGGGGAUAUCGCGGAUCUUACAAGGUGGAAACCCCCCUCCACCUGAAUGGGCACGUUCCCGCGUUCAGCAUGGUGCUUAAGGAUUCCUAA